UCAGUUUUGGGUUGUGUACUCUGGAAUAGUACCUCGACCGAGUAGCAAAGUGGAUGAAAUGGAUCAAGUGGAUCAAGCGAACAUCCGCUCCACUAUUGUGCAUACGCAGUUACGCACUAUGUGGUGAACGCAACGUCUCGUUGUGCUUGAAGGCAUUUGUCGAUUUCUAUCAUUUAGCAGGCUCUCAAUCUCGCUAGCAUGGACAAGGCGAAAAUGAGUGAAAGCGCCAAGACGGAGCUAUGCCGCAAGUACUUCAUCAUUGGUUUGUUUUGCCUUCCGCUAGUGUGGCUCACGAAUCUGAUUUGGUUUUUUGGGGAUGCUUUCUGUCGACCAAGCUCUUCUACUAAUCCUACUAUCCGCAAAUACGUCAUUUUAAGCGCACUUGGAGUUUUGUUCUGGACAAUUGUUAUAUUCACAUGGGAAUUUGUUUUUCAGUCCUAUCGAAGUCAAGGUUUGGCAUGGGCGGACUAUCUCACCUUCAUAUUUCCAGUAGGACGUGUUUGAUUGACAUCAUGAUAGUCUUGUGUGCUCUUUCUCGUUGGUCUGCUAAUCGCCAGACGUCAUACCUUUUGUAUGAUUGUUUCUGUGACAACCCACAAUCGAUAUCAUAUCAUCUAUUUUCUUCCUCAGCUUUCAUCAUUUGUAUAUAACAUGAUUCUCAAUGUGAGAAAAUGGUGAACGAUUUCUUAUUGAGACGGGUUCUGCGCAUCAAAGAUGUCUGUCUAGGGUUUAUGUG